GCGACACUCUCUCUUUCCUCCCUGCACCAACACCGUCGUUUCCUCCAUCGCUCUCAGUCUCUCUCUCUCUCUCUCUCUCUGCUCAAACCCCCAAAUCCCGUUCCUUUUGCUCCUCCAUCUCUAGGGCUUCCGAUCGCUUGAGCUGAAUCUCCUCCGGCCGGGCGCUUGCGCACGCGGGGGGUGAAUCGGUGAUCGCGCGAGCGGGACCUUCGGCUUCCGGAGCGAAUCCUCUCGGCCCCGCCCCCUUUUGGCUUUGGAAAGCUCGGGGAGAAGAAGAAGAAGAAGCUAUGGACGGCGAUUCGUGGAGCGCGCGUUUGUCCUCGGCCUCGAAGCGAUACCAGCCCGCUCUCCACUCGAGAUCCGAUAUGUUUAUGGGGUUUGAAGAAUUUGAUGGAGAUUAUGAUAUAAGAGAGGAGUUUCCUUGCCCAUUCUGCUCCGAGUUCUUUGACAUCCUGGGCUUGUGCUGCCACAUAGAUGAUGAGCAUCAGUUGGAGGCAAGGAAUGGGGUUUGUCCAGUUUGUGCAAUGAGAGUGGGGUUUGAUAUGGUUGCACACAUAACCUUACAGCAUGGAAAUAUUUUGAAGAUGCAGCGUAAGAGGAAAUCACGUAAAGGCGGAUCUCACUCCACACUUUCUUUGUUGAGGAGAGAACUACGAGAAGGGACUCUCCAAUCCCUUCUGGGUGGCUCGUCCAGUAUGCUUUCUUCAACAAAUGUGGCUCCAGAUCCCUUGUUGUCAUCCUUCAUUUUGCCUGUUGCUGGGAAUCUCUCCAGUUCUCAGCCGUCCCUUCAAAUAGAAACAAGCUCAGCCAAGAAAAAUUUAAAUGAGAAUGUGGCAGAAAGCCACAGUCAAGCAUCGCCUUUGUCGGACAAGGAUCGUGAAGAGAGGGCAAAAAGAUGUGAAUUUGCGUCUGAGCUAUUAUGGUCCACCAUCAUCGACGAUAAUUUAUGAGUAGGUGCAGAAUGGUGGGUGAUCUGGUGCUUAUGUGACCGAGAAUCUGGCCUUGCAAUCUUUAUGGUUGGCCCAGGGUGAAUGUUUUAUCUGCUAAUGUAUUAAAAUAGGAAGCCAGGGAAUAAGGUUUAUAAGCUAAAAUGUAAUUCAUUGCUUGUCGACUUCGGUUUACGUCCGAGGAAAAAUGCUGUAUCGUCCCUGUUUGUUAUUUAUCAUUGUUAAGUUUAAAUGAGAAUGACGUACUUUGACUUGCA